GUCGUUUGUAUGCGAUGCAAACAGGGAUGAAGAUUGAUAGUAAAACCCCAGAAUGCCGUAAAUUUUUAUCUAAACUUAUGGAUCAGUUGGAAGCUAUGAAAAAGCAAUUUGGUGAUAAUGAAGCAAUUACUCAGGAAAUUGUUGGUUCUGCUCAUGUGGAGAAUUAUGCUUUGAAAAUGUUUUUGUAUGCAGACAACGAAGACAGAGCUGGGCAAUUUCAUAAAAAUAUGAUAAAGUCCUUUUAUACUGCAAGUCUCCUGAUAGACGUUCUGACAGUAUUUGGGGAGCUCACUGAAGAGAACGCCCAGCACAGGAAAUACGCCAGGUGGAAGGCCGCCUACAUUCAUAACUGCCUGAAGAACGGGGAGACUCCUCAGCCCGGCCCGAUUGGGAUGGAAGGAGAGAGCUUUGAUGUUGAAAGGGAAGAAGCAGGGUCAUCUUCUGUCCAAAGUGGAGGAACAACUCAACCAUCAUCAUCAUCAUCUACAUAUGAAGCUAACAACAUACCAACUAGUAACUUCACUGGCAUACAUAUACCCCCGGGUGCCCACGCACCAGCCAACACUCCAGCUGAAGUACCUCACAACACAGGAGUGACGAGUAACACCAUUCAGCCUGCUCCUCAGAAUAUUCCUCUGGUGGAUCCUUCCCUUUACAGCGCUCAGUCUGCAGGGGAUGUCCGCUUGACUCCAGAGGACUUUGCCAGAGCUCAAAAAUACUGCAAAUAUGCUGGCAGUGCUUUGCAAUAUGAAGACGUGAGCACGGCUGUGCAGAAUCUACAGAAGGCCCUCAAGUUACUGAUUACAGGCAGAGAAUGAGACCUUUAUUC